AUGAACUUAAAAAGCACAGUUUGUGUUUAUUAUUUAAAUGAAAAAGAAACGGUUUCUAUUUAUGACCCAGAUACUUCGUAUGGUAAAGAUGAUUUUACACAAAACAGAUAUCGGUGGAGCGAUGUUCGUAGUACUCCAAAGGUCUUGGCUGGUAAUGGUUAUAUUCAAUAUCUAAAGGAACAUUUCAAAAAGAAUUCAAUUCGUUUGGUUUCGAGCCAAGAUAAGAUUGCAAUGCUUAGAAAUGCGAUAAGAGCGAAUCGCUUAGAUGUCCUACGUUACAUCGUAGAGGAAUUACGUGUAAAGUUGGACGAAGACAAAGAUAUCAGUCAGGUGUAUGAUUUGAUGUACUUUGCAUCGAUCUACAGUGGAUCUGAUCAUACGAUCAUAGAAUAUCUAGCAAGCUUUGAUAAAGAAAUGCAAUGGAACUAUUUAGCGGCGUUGGGAGUCUCACCGUUCUCUCUGAACAUGGAGACUGUUAAAUAUUUCACAAAGCGACUACAACUGAUACAAGAAGAAGAAGAAGAAGACAAGGAAGAAACCGGUAAAUCGUAUUUUUCUUUGCUAAAUCCAAAUGUGUUCAAUUGUGCUGCUAGAGUAGGUCGAAUCGAUAUGAUAGAAUGGUUGGUUCGUAAUAGACCACAGGACAGAGCAAACAGUUCAAUGUAUUUCCAAGCGGUUAGCAACAAUCAUGUACAUGUACUCGACUAUCUUGGUACGGAAAAUAGUGAUUCCUAUGGUCAUUCGAUUUUGAUGGAUGUAGCUGCACUAACUGGUUCCCUAAAAACUUUGAAAUGGUUGCACUAUAAUAAUUAUGGUGAAUGUACAGCUAGUGCUAUAGAUAAUGCUGCUUUGAGCAAUAGCCUAGAUAUCAUUAAAUGGCUAAAUGAGAAUCGUACGGAAGGCGCAACUACAUUGGCUAUGGAUAAUGCGGCAUACAAAGGAAACCUCAAAAUUGUAAAAUACUUACAUUUCAAUAGAACAGAAGGUUGUACAUCAUAUGCUUUUGAAGCUGCUAAAGUUCAUGGUGACACCGAAAUGUUAACAUGGUUAAGAGAGAAUCGUACUGAAGCGAUGAAUCUGAAUGCAAAUGUAUAA